AUAUGCCAACUUCAAGAUCAAAUCGAAUAGCAAAUGAUGACAUAUUUAGCAAUAAAUUUGAGAAAGCAUUUGACGUAUUAAAUACGCUUGGUACAGGUGGUUAUGGAGAAGUGCAUAGGGUCCGCCAUUUAACAAAAACUGAAAAGAAAAAUGUAUUAGAUGAAACUAGAAAACUAAUAAAACUUCGUUCAAAAUUCGUUAUUCAAUACUAUGAUUCAUGGAUUGGGUGCAAUUGUCUUUACAUUCAAAUGGAGUUAUGUAUCGAUAAUCUCAGCAACCUUUUGCAUACAAAAAAAUCCAUAUUUAAUGAAUUAAUGAUGAAUUCGCAAUUUUAUAUAUUGAAUGAAAUAUUUCGUGAACUCAUAGAAUGCGUGCAAUAUUUGCACGAAAAGCAUAUCAUUCAUAGAGACCUCAAACCGGAUAAUGUGUUGAUUUCAAUGGACGGACGCAUA